ACCACCGCAUAGUUUGGGAAUACAACAUUGUCGGCUGUUGUCCCGCGGGACAGCAUACAAAUUCCCCUCUCUCCGAGAAUAAUAGGCACCCCGUUGCGGCAGUCUCUAUCGAUUGCCCGUUGAUUCUUGAAGGCCUCCGCCUCCCCAAUCGGCAGAGCUCCGGCGAUCAAAUCGCUCAUCGUCCGCCGCGGAUCCGAUCCGAAUCCGGUGAUCAAUCAUGUCUUCCCUCGCAGCUGCCAGAGCAGAUAAUUUUUACUAUCCACCAGAAUGGACGCCAAAACAGGGUUCAUUGAACAAGUUUCGUGGACAGCAUCCCCUCAGGGAGAGAGCAAGAAAGAUAGACCAGGGCAUUCUAAUCAUAAGAUUCGAGAUGCCUUUCAAUGUCUGGUGUGGGGGAUGCAAUUCAAUGAUUGCCAAGGGUGUAAGGUUUAAUGCUGAGAAAAAGCAAGUGGGAAACUAUUAUUCAACAAAGAUAUGGAGCUUUACCAUGAAAUCAGCAUGCUGUAAGCAUGAAAUAGUCAUCCAGACAGAUCCAAAAAACUGUGAAUAUGUCAUCAUCAGUGGGGCUCAGCGCAAGACUGAGGAUUUUGACAUUGAGGAUGCAGAGACAUUUGCUCUUCCAGCAGAUGAAGAAAGAGGCAAGCUUGUUGAUCCCUUCUACCGUCUCGAACAUCAGGAAGAGGAUCUGCGGAAGAAGAAAGAAGCUGAGCCAUUGCUCGUCCGCCUUCAGAGAGUCUCAGACAGCAGGCAUUCGGAUGACUAUAACCUUAACAGAGCUCUCCGAGCUCGUCUCAGAAGUCACAAGAAAAGGGUAGGUGAAGAAGAGGAACGUGCAAGAAAGCUUGGCCUUGGAAUACGACUUCUUCCCCCAUCAGAAGAAGAUUUAGCAGGUGCAGCUGCUGUGAGAUUCUCUUCAAAGUUUGAAAGGAACAGGAGGGAGAAGCGGGCAGCAAUUAAGGCUUCCUCCAUUUUUCCGGAGUCAUCAAGCUCUGCAUCGGGGAAUAAACGUUUAGAACUUGAGUCAAAAAGGAGGAGAAUAAAAGCGGCCGCUGCAUCUGCUUUAUUGACAGGUAGGGUCAAGCCAUCAGCACGGCAGCCCAGUCAAAGAUCUGUGAGUGGACAAAAUGGAAUAUCGGUGGCUUCAGUCCACCGCAGAUAGUUUUAUGGAUGCAGUUCCAGUUUCAAGCAGCAUGAUAUGAUAUAGGUUUGGAGAUAGAGUGGCUUUGAUUUGCAAAAUGGUCCGAGAAUCAUUGAGGAAGUUGGUUACAGAUUCAAGCUGACCUACAUCUUCAGUAAGUGGGGGCUGGAGAUGCAAGGGGUGGUAUAAAUGCUGAAAUACUGUACCGUUCAUUCUUGCAAUUCCUAGUCAAUUCCAAGGGGAGAUGUACAGUUUGUAACCAUGAAUCGUCUACUAGGCUUUUGUGUUUAUGGUUUAAUUUUGAUGCGUCAUCUGGUUGUUUGGAAAGGAGAACUGUAACAUUGUAUGCAAAUGGUGAGGAAGGUGAUGGUGUUCUGGACUUGUGUUUCUUUAUUCUACUUUUCCUCUCUCUAUUCUGAA